AUGAAAGUAAUCGUAAAAAAGUUACAAGGAGGUGAAUGUUGCUUGGAAGUACUUCCAACCACACAUAUAUCUGAAAUUAAACGAAAGGUCGCAGAACAACUAAAAAUUCCAGUAGAGGAACAGAAAUUGCUGCUACUAGGCAGGACAUUAGUGGAUGAACAGACAGUGGAUGCAUACCCUACAAUAAAGGAUGGCACUAAAUUAAACUUAGUUGUUAAAAAGCCUGAUACACUUCAGGAAGCUUCUGUGAAGUACUUCAAGAAAAUGUAUGGCAUGACAGACUCCGAGGCUGUAGCUGCUUCUAACCGCCUUUUAAAACUUGUGCAGGAUAAGUUCAGUAAAUUGUCUUGGGACGAUCUUGAUAGACUAUCAUUAGACUGUAUGCUCGAGGAAAAUGGUCAGAGUCGCAGCCCUCCUAUGGAGAUAGAGCCCGAGUGUGAUGAUGUAUACAGUUUAUAA